AUGGGGCCACCCUCGGCCCGCGCGCCAGCAAACAAGCCUGAUCCUAGGGAACUGGAAGAAGAACGUCGUCGCAAGUUGGCAGAGAUGCAAAGCAACGCCACAGAAAUCGAGUCGGAGCGACGCGAGCGAAUCGAGGAGAUCUCUGCCAAGGAGCAAGAACAGCGCGAGGCUGACGACCGGCUGCGUUCAGACCGGGGCAGGUUCAUGUCUGAUGUCAAUAAGCGAGUACAGGAGGAUACUCUUGAUGAACGCAUUCGGCGUAGCCGUGGUGGACUUGCGAAGAUGGAGGAGGAUUAA